AUGUUAAAACAGCAACACAGAUUGAAGGUUGAGCAAGCUGGUUUUGGCUGUGUUUUUCAGUGGGUCCUGGAGGGUAACAUAUCGCGUGUUCUCAUGUGUUAUUUGAUGAAGACUAUUGACACUUCUACCAUGAAGUUGGCUUGUGGAUCUGGCAGAGUUCUAGAGGUUAAUAGAGACACUGUUCAUCAGGUGUUUGGUUUUCCUAUAGGAGGCGAUACUCCUAUACUGCCUGCAGAAUCUGGACACGACGAGUCAUUGGCUCUUUUGAAACAAGAGUUUGGGUUCGAAAGCAAUGCUAGUAUUGAGCCUAAAGAUCUGCGUCAAUUGUUAUCUGAUCUUGUUGAAGACCCCGAGAAGGAAGAUUUGGCUAUUAAGGUCUUCUUUGCCAUUCUUUUUAGCAAGCUCAUAUGUCCUGGUUCAGCUACCCGUGUCGGUAGGGAAGCUGCAAUGCUUGUGAACAUGGAUUAUGAUAAGAUGGCAAAGAUGGAUUAUUGCCAGCUUGUUGUUGAUGAGUUGAAACGAGCUGCUACUAAAUAUCAAGACCCUGAUAUCCCUCAGGCUGGGUUAGAAGGGUGUGCUGUUAUCCCCACUGUUAUGUAUCUUGACAGCAUCUUUCUACCACCACAUUCUGUCAUGCAUACUCAAACUCCUCGCGCAAACUUUCUGCAUGAGAAACCUCUGAAGGCUAUUUACAAAAUGGACAUUCAAAAGAAUGGUGGACCAGAGUUGAUGAAGUACAAGUUUGGCAGAAUUGUGUGGAAAGGCCGCAACCAAAUUGCUUAUUCAUAUCGGUAUCGUGUUGAAGAUUUAAUUGUCAAUCUUAAUGAGGGCACCCAUUGUAGUGAGCCUGAUGCUGGUAAUGCCAAUGAACAUCCUGCUGGAGGUCAUUGCGAGAUUCCAAUUUCGCAAAUUGCUAAUGUCAACACGAAAGACAAUCACCGAUCUGCUUCAACUAGUGCUUGGGAUGCCUUCUGCUGGUGUUAUUGA